AUGGUGUUCGAAGAUGUGGAGGAGAUCUAUAAACGUAAUUACAACUCCAUUAAAGUGCUUUUUCAAGUAUCCUUUGGUUUGGGUGUAAACUUGACUGCGCCGAGUAAAAUUAAAGAUGCCUUAAAGCUUUUCAAUGUGAUUCUGGUAGUGGCCAGCCUACUAUCCAUGUACGCACAUUGGUGUUAUCUCAUACGACAUUUUGAGAAUAUACCACUUUUAGCUGAGACCGUUUGCACCGCUUUACAAACUCUGAUUUCCGCUUUCAAAAUGAUAUAUUUCCUCUUCAGACAACAUAAUUUCUAUCGUCUACUGGAUCAGGCUUUAAAACAUGUGAUAAUACGCGAAAUAGAAAUAUUUAAACAUGAUUUUCCAAUAAACCAACAGUUGAAGCGUGAGAUCGAUGAGAUAAUGAAUGGUGUUUGGCAAAACGCGCGUCGCCAGAUAUUAUUUUACUUUUGUUGUUGUGUGGGCAUUGUUUGCAAUUACUUUUUUGGCGCAUUCCUGGUUAAUCUCUAUCAUCAGCUGAAGAAAACACCCGAUUAUAAGUAUGUAUUACCUUUUCCGGAACUGUAUCCAUUUUGGGAAGAUAAAGGCAUGACCUUCCCCUAUUAUCCAAUACAAAUGUUUAUGAGUAGCAGUGCUGUCUACAUAGCCGGCAUGUGUGCUGUGAGUUUCGAUGGUGUCUUUAUAGUUCUAUGCCAACAUGCAGUGGGAUUGGUGAGAGUCCACAAUUUGUUGGUGCUGCGUUCCACCUCACCACUGAUACCCAUAGAGAGACGUGUUGAGUAUCUGCGUUAUACGAUCAUCACAUAUCAGCGAAUAUAUACGUAUGUCCAGCAAAUCCAAACAAGUUUCAAACACAUCAGCCUGUCACAAUUCGUACUCAGCUUGAUUGUAUUCGGUUUUGUGCUAUUCGAAAUGAGUUUCGGUUUAGAGUCCAGCAUUAUCAUCUUCAUUCGUAUGAUCAUGUACAUUUCAGCAGGCGGUACUCAAAUUAUUAUCUACUGUUAUAAUGGACAGGCGCUAACUAGUGUGAGCGAAGAAAUUCCAAUGGCUUUCUACAAUUGUAAUUGGUAUGAGGAAUGCGAGAAAUUCAAACAACUUCUACGUAUGAUGAUUAUGCGGACGCACCGUUAUUUUUACUUGGAGGUAUCCUGGUUUACUCUAAUGAAUUUGGCCACCUUGAUUGCAUUAUUCCGUAUGAGUGGUUCCUACUUUUUGUUAUUGCGUAACCUUCAGGAAAGUUAAUCAUUUAAAAUAAAUUAUAAAUGCGUUGUUAAAUCAAAAUAAUUUCAAAUAAACGCUAAAAAGAGCAAUCACACCUG